GCAUGACACCACCAACAUCACCAGACUAAGACAAACAAAAUUCGUGGCCCCGCACUCAGAAACAUUAUUAUUUGAAUAUACCUACGGUAGAUUAUUGUAUUUUUGUGGGAAAAGAUCUGCUAUUGGCGCAGUAGACAUUGGACAGAAGAACUUGUAAGUCGUGUCCUGAAGUUUGAAAUGAUUAUUAAAUCUUUUCUGCUGUUGUGCCUGGCUUUAAAUGUCUGCUUAGCAGGCAAAGCCGGGAUAAUAAGACCUUGCCGCUUCUACGAUCGCAAAUGUAUCGCUGACAAUUUGAAGGCUAACUCGCGGUGCACCCCGAUAGUGCGGGGUUUCGUGCCGAAUCAGUACACUAUUAGGAACGUGCGUUUCGAAGCGCCAUUUUUCAACGCAUCUUUCAUAGAUAGGAGUCUGACGAUCAGAAACCACGACAAGUGCCGAAUUUCCGAAUUUUACUAUAACGUGCCUACUGACUCCUUGGUCCUGUCAGUCGACUGCCCAAACCUGGUCCUGGAGUCGAAUCGUACCCUGAUACAGCACAGGUCCAAGCAAGAGGACUCAUGUUACAAUUACCAUAUUUGUGGGACAUACCCGCUGAUCCGACUCACAGCUCACAUACGAGACGCUGACAAGCUGGAUUUGUGUUCAUCUUUCGUGUUCGGUGACGUUACAGAAUUGCCGAUAUUCGCAAUUAAUCCACUAGAUAAGAAAACCCAGAAUUUCCUGUCCCGCGAUCUGACGCUUCUCAACGUGUUCGAAAGGGAAUGUAUCUUCUACCGCGCACAUUUCCUCAUGUGUUAUUUCAUUAACUCAUUAUAUUGCAACUUUGGCUGCAAUUAGAACCUCAGUACUGACGAAAAAUAAAAUAGGUUCAUUACAAAACCCCUUUUUAGCAACUGCUGAAUACUGUAGAAGGCAAAGCUGGUAAAGUUAGUUUUUGUUUUUUUUUUUAAAUAAUGGCGCCCAUUUUUUAGACUCCAUUUUGUUUGUUGUACGUUGACAUUAUUUUUAUUGUCUUUGGACAUUCUUCGGACGAUGAACAAUAAUGAGUGCCAAAUGAAUUAUCAAAGUUCACUCCUGAUUUAUUUUUACUUUUAAUGUAAAAAUAAACACAUUUAGAAUACUAAAUACCUUCUAUGUCUAUGAAUUUACGAAAUAACCUCUUUCAUAUUUUUUUUAUCUUUAUUAUUAAUACAAUGCUGAACACAC